AUGUAUGCUAGUCGAGAGGAUAUUGGAUACGAUUUUGGAGAUGACUCAAAAGUUGGAAGUAAGCCAGUUAAGCCUAAUCCAGACAUCGAUGGAGGAUGGGCUUGGAUGAUUGUACUUUCCUCUUUCCUUGUGCACAUACUUAUCAUGGGGUCCCAAAUGGCCCUUGGAAUACUCAACAUGGAAUGGCUUGAAGAGUUUAAUCAAAGUCGUGGCUUAACAGCAUGGGUUAGCUCCCUCAGCAUGGGCAUUACACUUAUUGUAGGUCCGUUCAUUGGUUUAUUCAUCAGCAUGUGUGGGUGCCGCAAGACAGCUAUAAUUGGAGGGAUAUUGAAUGCCCUAGGUUGGAUACUGAGUGCCUAUGCCUCAAAUGUGCACUACCUCUUCCUUACGUUUGGAGUGACAGCUGGUGUUGGAAGUGGCAUGGUUUAUCUGCCUGCGGUGGUCAUGGUAGGGCAGUAUUUUCAGAAGAGAAGAGCACUUGCACAAGGACUCAGUACCACGGGAACAGGGUUUGGAGCUUUCCUAAUGACUGCCUUACUGAAGUACCUCUGCACCGAAUUUGGGUGGAGGAACGCCAUGUUCAUCCAGGGCGCAGUCUCCCUAAACCUUUGUGUCUGUGGGGCGCUUAUGAGACCGCUUUCUCCCAAAGACAUUGUUAGUGAAAAAUAUGUUGUGAGAAGUAAUAGUGAAGUUAAUCAGGCAAAAGCUCUGUCCCGUUCUGCAGAGACUAUAAAAUCUAAUGGAGUCCUCAGUGAAGAACCAGAAAAAAAAGAAGAGGCAACAAAUGAAGAAAUGCUUGACAGUGUUCAGCACAUAGAAAUGGGAGGUAAAUCUAGAAGCGGAAGGAAUAUGUACGGACUGCGCAUUCUUAAGACAGUGAGCCAGCUCACGGUUACAGUCAGGAAGGGCUUUGCAAUAUGGUACUCCAGCUACUUUGGAGCUGCAUCACUGUUUACCAAUAGAGUAUUUGUGGCCUUUAUAAUUUGGGCUUUGUUUGCCUAUAGCAGCUUUGUCAUUCCCUUUAUUCAUCUUCCAGAAAUAGUCAAGCAGUACAACCUAUCUAGUCAGAACAAUAUAUUCCCCUUGACAUCCAUUAUAGCCGUUGUUCAUAUUUUCGGUAAAGUGAUCCUUGGAAUCAUCUCUGAUCUCCCGUGCAUCAGCACGUGGAACGUCUUCCUCAUGGCUAACUUUACCCUGGUCACCUGCAUUCUUACUUUGCCACUAAUGCAAACAUACAUCAGCCUGGCUGUAGUUUGUGCUCUAAUAGGAUUUUCUAGUGGGUACUUUUCUCUAAUGCCUGUUGUGACUGAAGAUUUAGUUGGAACUAAACACCUUGCAAAUGCCUAUGGCAUCAUCAUUUGUGCCAACGGAAUAUCUGCAUUGCUUGGACCACCCUUUGCAGGUUGGAUCUAUGACAUCACACAUAAAUAUGAUUUUUCUUUUUACAUAUCUGGAUUGCUAUACAUGGUGGGAAUAAUAUUUUUACUUACACAACCUUGUAUUCAAAAGAAACAACCAAGAGAAAAAUCUAUGGAAGAGGCACAAGUAUAG